GGAGCGCAUGCAUAACGGUCUUCAGAGCUGAGGCGGCAUCUAAAAGGAAAUAAACUUUUUGUUUACACGACUUCGGCUACUUCACGUCGUUUUUACGGUUUUCUGCUCAAUUUACAACGAAGUUUUCGGACAUUUUAAUUCAUCUCUCCGGCUGUGCUGUGAUUUGGACACGAUGGCAAGCUCCGGGCUGCAGCUCCUCGGUUUCUUCCUCGCGCUUUUCGGUCUCGCCGCCACCGUGGCCGCAACGCUGAUGGUUGAAUGGAAGAAGCAAUAUCAGGGCAAGACGCACCGCAUCUACGAGGGCUUGUGGACGAGCUGCAGUGGCAACGAGAGAACAACCUGUGAAUUUCACAUGUACCUCCUCAAGCUACCAACUGAGGUCCAGGCGACCAGAGCCGUGAUGCUGCUCAGCAUCAUCCUCUCCACUGUGGCGCUGAUGGUCUCCACGGUGGGAAUGAAGUGCACGCGCUUCAUGGACGGCAAACCAGAGAGCAAAUCCCUAACAGCUAUGGUUGGAGGAAUCAUGUUCAUGGUUGCAGGUUUAUUGACCCUCAUCAUAACCUCCUGGUACGUCAAAAUGAUUGUUCAGAUCUUCAAUGAAUCCCAUCGCCUGCAGAGUUAUGAGUUUGGAAAGGCUGUGUUUGUCAGCUGGGCUGGUGGCCUCCUCACGAUGGCUGGUGGUGCUUUCCUGAGCUGUCGGAGAUGCUCGCGGUCUCAGUCGAACGGGUCCAUCAGCUCCAACCAACUCCUCGCCACCACGACACACUCCAAGUCCAACUAUGUCUAGUGGAGGAGAGGCUUUGACUCAGUCAGUCCAGCGGUGCAUUUACAAACUGGAGCAGUUUGUGUUGCUACAAUGAGGACAUGUCCCACUGUGGGAUUAUAAAUACUAUUUACUGAACAUCAAGCCGGUAACCAGGAUCAGGAUUACACACAAGAUCAGGCUGUUUGUCAUGACUUUGAAUCCCAUUUUACAGCUUGAAUUUUUCUGUAGCACUUUCUUAGCUGGAUGUGGUCAGUCACCGCUACAGACGUGUGAGGCAUUUGCUUGAGAAAAAAAAAUCUGUUUCUCUGAAUUAACAAAAUAAUAAUAUUGUCCUUUCAGAAAGUUAGAAUUUAUAAGAUUGUUACUGCGUUAAUUCAGAAAAACAAAGCAGAUUUUUUUUUCCCCAUGCCAUUUUUUUCUCAAGUGAAUG